ACUAAAAGGGGGCACAAAUGCGGGCUCCAACUGGUGCCGGGGCCCAGGCGGAAGGUUCAAGAACCCUCUCGAGCCGACGCCGGAUGAGGCGAACACAUGCAGUCGGCAAGCUCGAGUGGCCCCAUCCCAUUUGUUAGUACCAAGCUUUCUUUACACUCAGCUUAUAGAUUUGAAUGGACGCAGCCGCCUAGUUUUGCAAGGAAAACCCUUACGCCCACCCGAUCGACGCACCACCCACUGAACACAGGAGCUACUUGCUGUGUAGUCUUUGUCACACACGUUAUUUCAGUUCACAACCACGUCUAGGCUUUGGAGGAGCUCGCGCGGAGCAGCGUCGUGAAAUGAGCCUGCCACAAUGGAAAGGUCUGUGGGAUUGGAGUCUCAAGUACGCUGACGGGACCGGCAGGAGCCGCUUCCGACCCGAGGAUGUGGACCCAGAGAAAAUGAAGUGGCUGGAUGAGGCGCUCAAGGGUUACAUGGUGGACUUCGGGGCGCGCAUGCGCGACAUCAAGUCCAUGCUCGCCAGCGACACGCCGGCAGCGGCCGCGGCGGGUGCAGGCAAGGACCAAGACCAGUCCGCGGCGGUGGAGCGGGCCGCUGCUGCUGGUGGUGGUGAUGUGGAGGAGAAGGAGCAGCUGCUGGAGGAGCUGAUGGACAUUGUGGGCUCCAUCGACUACGCCCGGGACCUGCACAAGAUAGGCGGCGUGCCGGUGCUGUUGGAGCUGCUGGAGUCGCCGGCGCCCGGGCUGCGGUGGCGGGCUGCGGAGGUGGUGGCCACCUGCGUCGCCAACAACCCGCCCGUGCAGGAGUGGUUCCUGGAGGGCGGCGUGCUGCCAAAGCUGCUGGCUCUGGCGGCGCCGCCGCAGCCGCCCAGCUGCCGGACCAAGGCGCUGCUGGCCCUCAGCGGCCUGAUCCGGCACUUUGCGCCCGGGCUUGCGGCGCUGCGGGCGGCGGGCGGGCUGGCGGUGGUGGCGGAGGCGGUGGCGGCGGAGGACCGGCGAGUGGCGCGCAAGGCCAUGACCACCCUGACCUACAUGCUGGGUCAGCGACAGGCCGACUGCGAGGCCGUCGCUGGCGGCGGCGCGGGUGGAGAGGGGCAGGGGCAGGGGCAGGCCGGCGGCGUGCUACCGGCGCUGGCGGCGGCCUUGGCGGCUGGGUCGGGGGCGGAGGAGGGGGAGGAGGCGGGCGGCCAGGAGGACAGCGACUUCCGCCAGGCGGCGCUGGGCGUGCUGCUGCAGCUGGCCGCCCACCCUCGCACCUGGGCCGCGGUGCGCGACGCGCCCGGCCUGCGGCCCCGCCUUGCCGCCCUGGAGGCCGCCCAUCUGGCGCUGCCGGAGGAGGCGAGGGAAGCGCAGGCCGAGGAGCUGGCGGCGGUGCGGCGGCUGGCGGCGGCGCUGGCGGCGCCGGCGGCGCCGCCGCUGCAGCCCGACGCCGUGGACCACGUGAGUGUGGCGGCGUUUGAGGCGAGCGCGGGCGCAGAGGAGAUGACGAUAAGAGUCAACCCGCCGCCGGCGGCGGGGGCGGGGGCGGCGGGAGGGCACAGGGGCGGCGACGGCGGCGCGGGGGCAGCCGACCAGGGCGCGGGGGCGCAGGGCGGGCAAGGCGGCGCGGAGGCGGGGGCGGGGACGGCGGUGGCGGCUGCGGAGCCGACGGCAGCGGCUGCGCCGCUGCUGCUGGGGCCGCCGUGAGGUUGUGGCAUGGGUUGUGGGGCGGCAGCAGCAGGCAGGGCGACUAGGCGAGCUUUCGAGUUGAACGGAUUGCUGCCGUGCAGAUGCGGUUGGAGGUGUCUGGGUCGCGGUGGUUGUUGUUUUGGUAGUGCUGCGGGCUUGUGGGUACGUGCGUCGUAGCAGGGUCUGGUUGUGGCAGUGCGGCCUGGCGGCCUGGACGUGUGACCCGAGCGUGCUGAGGCAGCUUUGCAUUCCUUCGGCGAGCUGGUGUACGACGUACGGUAUCAUUCAGAGGCAGGGGCAGGAGGGGCAGCAAGCGGGACCACGGCACGGGCACGUUGACAACACUGGGUAUGAGCUCGGUGCGCGCACACACAAGCGAGGCCGACUGGCUGAGCAGCUUUGAGAGAAGGACCCAGAGGAGCUCAGGAGCAGCUGGGCGAUGUACUGCUCCGGCCGUGGCUGUGGCACGGUCACAUGAAGUCACAGGGGUCCAUGUGUGGUGUGCCAUUGUGCGACCGUGUGCGGUGUGGCGGUGCGGCAUGACUGACUAGGCCACGGCUCGUGUAGGCUCGGGGGUGGGAUACGGUACUGACUCGCUGAGGGGCCAGCCCGGGCUCGGUGGCGCGCACAACAGCACAAGACAGCCACGAGGUCGCUUCUCGCUCCGCCCGAUGAUACGGAAAACGAUGUGCCGAUAUGGCUGCCUACAUGGCAGAUAUGGCAUGGCUGGCAUGAGCCCACUGAGCUGGACAUCCAGGACGCGCAAUCCCUGCUGGUCCGUGUCACCACAGGUGGGUCUGUAGCCAACACGCACGCAAAUGACACACGUCGCUGUGACCGGUCGGCUGUGUUUGGAGCCGGAAGGGAGAGCCGGAUAGGCGCUUGGCGGAAGGGGGCCAGGGACCUGGGUGCCAAGGAGAUGGGAAUCAUGGGAGGGAAGUUCGGGUGCGGUGCGGCGGUGGCACGGGGGGUCGCCGCGCCGAUUCUUGGCCUAGUGCACCGUCCCCUCCCCCACCCGGCCCCCCCCUUUGUGGUGGGAGAUGCGACUGCUUCAGCAGGGCAUACCAGGCUCGAGUCUGGAGCUUAUCAGGAGCCGCAGGGAGCCUUGCGGUGGGGUUAGGACCAGGGAAGGGGCGAGGAGCGCCGUUCCUUGGCGUGUCAGAUCCCCACAUGCCGCCGACCCUGCGACUUCCUGUGCACGCGCACACCCAUAAACCAGCCCACUUCAUCGUUUCCUCGUUCAACAACUGUAAAAUAUACGUAGG